AUUGCAUCCACCUAUUCAGAAAAUCUGAUGAUUUCCUCUUUGGCUGAAGAAUACUACUUCAUGGCUGGCUACAUUGGCUGGGCCGAUAUCACAGACCCAGCUUUCUCUACGGACACUUUGGAAAAUCUUCUUGGGGACUCCAUGCUCGUUGGCCUGCGCUACGAUGUAACUCAAUUUGAUGCUAAUCUCCUUCUUGAACGAAUAGUAAGAAAUAACUAUAUUAUUUUAGCCUAUGCCUUUUAUUAA